UGUUAAUAUGUUUAUCGUGUUCGCCGAUGCACCAUUACCUUACCAACACUCUUCUUGGUAGGUGCUGUUGCCUAUAGUUGACGACCUACACCUGGCGCCGAAAUCCGUGCGGGGAGAAGAGCCAAACACCACAUUUGCAAAUCGUCAUAAAGUCCUACCAGAAUAUCCAUCUUUUGAAGGCCUGUCAGACCAACACCGACAUCAUGGUGGUGGUCAAGAAGUAUCAGUUGCCGCCGACGGAACUCAUCCCCAAUUCUCCACAACCGUUGCUGCACUAUCCGGGACUCCUGAAAGUGGGAGGAUCGCAGAACCUUGCUGCCGAGGUCUACGACCUGUUUUCGAGCAACGGGUGGCAAACACAAUGGAUAUUUCGGUAUGGUCCGACGCAGACAUCGCACUACCACUCAGAAGCCCACGAAUGCAUGGCCGUGCUCACGGGCUCUGCAAAAAUCCGUUUUGGAGUUGCUGAUACCUCUUCCGAUCUGGACGAGAGCACAUAUGGCUCCGGCAAAGAGGAUGGCGGAGUCGUGGUGGACGCAAACGCUGGUGAUGUCUUCAUACUUCCGGCAGGAACAGCGCAUAAAACGUUCAACACGAGUCCGUCCGCAGAGUUCAAGCUGCUGACGCCGGGAGAUGGGCACAAUGUCGCCGCAGACGACGUGAGAGAUGCUCUGGCCAACGUAGAGCUAACGGGAUUUACCAUGAUAGGUGCGUAUCCCAGGGACGGCGGCUCUUGGGAUUUUGCCAAGGGUGGUGAGAAUGCUGGUGAUUAUGAGAAAGUGUGGUCCGUUGCAAAACCGGAUCACGAUCCUGUACUGGGCAUAGCAGAAGAGGGUCUUUGUGGACAGUGGCAUUGAGGCGCGUUGCAAUGGAUUUGUUUCUGCAGGUAUACAAAGAUCGUCCAGUACUGUACCAAUUCUUUGAUGUCAGCCGCCAUGAUAUGGCAGCUCAUACUGCGAUGUCAGUUUCACCAGUAGUCUGCUCCAGUCAGCAAAUCUUCAGAGCGUUCAGAUUUCGGCGCGCGGAUACACACAAUGUUCUAUCAGACUUGCACAUUCACAGCUCUUGUCACGGGCGCCCUUCUCUUCACCACCCACCACCGACACCGCCGUGUGAUUCACUCACCAAUGCGGCAGAAAUAAUUCAGGCUUCAUAUCUUUAAUGCCCUCAUUUUUCCUCAACAAUUGCUUGUAUCUAUCCCGUGUUUCAGUCACUUCCACACUUGGUGGCUGAGGCGUGAGGGUGUUUCACCAGAUAUGAGCCAGCUGUAUCUAAGAUCACACGGACUAA